GGAUGAAGAAGAAGAAGAAACAACAGUUGUUUAGCCACUUCGCCAGUGGAGUUGCAGAGCGAUAAAAAAUGGCAACCAUGUCUGCUCUUCAGAGCUCUUUUACUUCUCUUUCUCUAUCCCCGAGCUCUUCGUUCCUUGGCCAGCGUCUAAUUUCCCCGAUUUCACUCUCCGUCGCUUCUCCGGUCAAGCCCGCCGAGAACCCAUGCCUUGUUCUUGCAAAGCUCAAGCGUUGGGAACGGAAAGAAUGCAAACCAAACAGUCUUCCGGUUCUGCACAAAAUGCAUGUCAAGUUUGGAGAUACCGUCAAAGUUAUAUCUGGACGCGACAAGGGUAAAAUCGGAGAGGUUACUAAGAUCUUCACUCACAACAGCACUGUAGUGAUCAAAGAUGUAAACCUCAAAACAAAACACAUGAAGAGUCGAGAGGAGGGAGAACCUGGUCAAAUUGUUAAGAUAGAAGCACCUAUCCACAGCUCAAACGUGAUGUUAUAUUCGAAAGAAAAGGAGGUGGUAAGCCGGGUGGGUCACAAGGUCCUUGAAGAUGGACAGAAAGUAAGAUAUCUGAUCAAAACAGGGGAGGUUAUCGACACCAUUGAGAAGUGGAAGCAACUUAAGGAGGCAAAGGACAAAGAAACCACCCAAGUUGCAGUGGCUGCUUAGUAUCUCACUUCUUUCUUCUUCAUUGCACUUUUGAUAUAUAGACUAAUAGACCUAUGCAUUUGAUGGAUGUAUUGAAUCCCUUUAAAGGUAAAGUAUAAAAUUUCUACCCCAUAA